AUGCGUCUUACUGCCUCAAUCAUCGUAGCUUUGGCUAGCUUGGCCGCCGCUCACCCCGGUGAAGACCACCACGAUGAGCUUCAGCAGCGUCGAUCAUUCGAAGCCAAUGCUGAGCGACUGUCCCUUCGUCACUGUGCCGAGCAACUCAAGGCUCGAGGUGUGACCGAUCGUAACAUGAAGCGUCGUUCUGCCUUGAUUAAGGAACACCGACAGAAGCGUGGCAUCAAGAAGCGCGAUCUUGAGGAUGUUCUCAACACCGACCACAACAAGACCGACCUCGGGUAUACACCCAACACCCCGGGCGACAUUCUCUUUGCAGGACAGAAUUCGUGCGUGCUGACCCCCGAGGUCACUAUCGGUCCAUACUAUGUUAGUGGCGAGUCUGUUCGUCGCGAUCUCAAGGAGGACCAGGAGGGUGUUGAUCUUAUCCUCGACUACCAAGUCAUCAACGUAGAGACCUGCGAGCCUGUGCCAGAUCUGUAUCUCGAGAUUUGGCAUUGUAACUCAACUGGUGUUUAUGGUGGCGUGAACAACCAGGGUAACGGAAACAUCAACGACAAGGCCAACAUCAACAGCACCUUUGGCCGUGGUAUCCAACCAACCGAUGAUGAUGGUGUUGUGCAGUUUGAGACCCUCUUCCCGGGCCACUACACAGGUCGCACAACCCACAUUCAUCUUUUGGCUCAUGCGAACGCUACUCUGUUCGCGAACAAGACUCUUGGCAACGAUAUCUACAGCAGCCACGUUGGACAGACCUACUUUGACCAGGACUUGAUUCAUGACGUUGAGACUCUUGCUCCUUACAACACCAACACACAGCAGCUGACCACCAACGCUCGCGACGGUAUCCUAGCUGGCGCUGCCAACCAGGACUAUGACCCAGUUGUCGAGUGGACCCUCCUUGGCGACAGCGUUGCCGAGGGUGUUUUCGGCUGGUUGGCUUAUGGCGUCAAUAUCACUGCCACCAACAAGGUCACCCCUGCUGUUUUCAGAUAUGAGGAUGGUGGGCAUACCAACCCUGACUUUGGAAUGGGUGGUGGUCCCGGUGGCCCUGGCGGACCUCCGCCACCAGGUGCAAGCCAGACAGAUGCUGCCACAAGCGACGCUGCUUAG